AUGUCCUACAACCUUGGAGAUCUCGCUGGUAUCCAUGAGCUUAUCCUUGCAAACUACCGCGUGGUCGACUCUGAGAACACUGAUGCUAUCCUUGUCGUUACUCUGCGCAAGAAGAACGAAGAAGAGCUUCUCUCGUACCCUGCCGUCACCUACGCUACUGAAGACAUGUUUGAGGCUGUCCUGAUCACCCAUCCCAGCAAAGGCAAGAAGAUUUUGAUGAAGGAGUCUAGUCCUUGGAACACUCCUCAACCAGCCCUUAUCAAGCUGUUCGAAAAGACCUGCAAGAUGCUGGGUGACAUGAUGUCCAGCGACUACAAGUGA